AUGAUACGACAUCUUCGAAGCUGCCAUGUGCAGGAAUAUCAACAGGUUCAGGAAGCUCGUCAAUCCACGCUGAUCCUGAAAAUGGGAAAUAAUGAUGAUCGUCGCGAGCCGUCAAUUGGCCUUUCUAUCAGCCGUUAUCGGAAACCGGCUGCUCGACAUUGCCAGCUACCACCUGUCCAUUCGUCGAUGCUCAUCCUCAACACUGUAUUCGACGAACGGAAUGACUUAGACGACGAACAGACACAUUUUCCUUUAGAAGAGAAAGCUCGUGCUCAGCUUCUUCGAGAAAUGAAUACUCAUGUAGCGUCGACAAUGGUCGCUCACAUCAACAAAAAGACGCCACCCGAACCGCAGAAGAGCCCUUCAGCUUCUUCAUCAUCCAGUGACACUGCCUCAUCGGCUUCGUCUUUAUUCGGACCAGCCUUACCUCCUGUGCAACCUGUAUCCAUUGCUCCAGUAGGCUUACCGGCACCAAAACCUGUGAAGAUUUUUACACAACAGAUGUCUGUCAAACAUGAAGCCACUGAGGUUGAAGACGACGUUCACGAGCCGACCGAUCUUAGCGCAAAACCAUCAGCGUUCGCCACUUUGAGCCAGAAAAAAUGCACAGAGGAAAUCGAGAACGGCGCCGACCAAAAGCCAUUGCUGGCUUCCAUGUCGCGAAAUUUCCAACUGCGUAAUGUCGAUGAGCGAAAAAUCAACGCACAGAUUGCCAUGAUGAUGCUGAUAGAUCAAAUUCCAUCAAAAAUUGUGGACGGUCACGGUUUUCGCAGUCUGAUGAGUUUUCUACUACCCGAGUAUCCAAUGCCGUCAGCGGCAUUGUUCGAAUCGACGAUCUGCCCGGAGGUUAUCACUCAAAUACAACCACAUCUUGCCACGUUAUUCGUUGCAAAUAAUCCACAUACAAAUCCGUUCGAAUCAUUGAUGCAAUUCCUGGAGAAGCGACAAACUGCCGCCGAUGACUGCCACAACAUCAGCUUGAGUGGAAUCGCAUCAGAGACGUCGACGAAGCGAGACGAAGAUAAGGAUAACUCGUGCUGUUUGGAAAACAAAACCGCUGUGCAGCCAUUGAUAAAUGAAUUCACCGACUAUGUUGGACGGCUUUCAUUUGCUAAGGAUGAGCUGACGUCGCUGCUGACGGUAUGCCACAGUGUGUUCGAAUACUUUAAGGAUCGACCGGCUAUGAUGAGUGAAUUAUCGCUGACCAUACCAGUAGUGGAAGCAAAUCAACCGGUGUUACUUAGAGAUGUGCUGUUCGUUGCUGAACAUGCUGAACGAAUCAACGCCUACAUCCGUGCCACACCGGAUAUGACGCUGUUGCCGAUCUCUGACGCUCAGUCACAAACGCUUUCCGAACUCAUUCGACUCGUUCAAAAAAUCUAA